GGAGGUCAGACCAGGCCAGGCUCUCAGGAAUUCCCUGGUCUCUACUGGCCCACCCACUUGGUGGACAGUCUGAGCCAAGUCCCUUCUGCUGGAGAAAAGCCUAGAACUGCCUCAAGAAGCAAAAGGGAAAACCCUCAAGUUAGCUAAGUCAGCAGGACAUCCACAUAUUCCACCCAGAAAGGCUGGGAAAAGGGAUGGGAGCUGGGAAGGACCUGGGGGAGGGAAGCAGAAUGGAACAGGAACCCAGAAGGUAGAACUUAGAACUCAGAACUUGGGUUUGAACUGAAGAAUUUGGAAUACAGAAUUGGGAAGAUAGAACAGAGAUGACAGAAGACCACUUGGGGAGGGGUUCCUAAUACAAGACAGUUGGAGAGAGGUGCAUCUCUUUCUUCCCACAUAAUGAGGUUGAGAACUUGAACAAGUUGUUCCAGCCCUUCUGUGCAGGGAGUGUCUUCUGCCCUCCCUAUUGCCUUCCUGCAGGCAGAACUACGGACUAGGUCCCGUAUUUCCCUCACCCCGUAUUCCUUUUCUCCCUCUUCACAUUCUCUCAGCCCAACCCUCAUUCCACUGGGCCAUCAGGUGUGUUUAGUGGGGUCAGUGACUUUGGGGACCUCCUCAGUGACCCCCACACCUCAUGAACUUCUGAGUAUCUUGAUUCUGCCUCCGUUUCAGGAAAACUUGUGGUGGAGUCACUGAUGGAACCAGUUAAAUAUUUACUAUAACCAUGGUGUCUUUUCUUCAUCUGCAAGGAAAUUUGGCAAGUGCCCCAGGCAGGGCCAGCUUCGCAGGUCCACCUGGCUGAUCUACCCCACUGGAGAGGGCAGCAUGAGGCUGUUGGCCGGCUGGGACCCGCCCAGACAACCCAGGUGCCACCAGCUCCUAGACCCCUUGCAGCCCAGCAGCCACCCGCACCGCUUGGUGGCUGCGUCGGGACCCUUCGCGCUCCGCUUCCGGCCUCCACGCCUCACUUCCGGUCGGCCACUCCUUCCUUCCGCUUCUCUGUGGUGCGGGAGCUGUGGGAAGUGGCUCGCUGGCCGCGACAGGUCGGGGUGCAGUGUGCCCUGCUCUCAGAUCAUCUUCAUCACCUGCCCCAGUGGAGCGCCUCCUGCGUUAAUGUCCACAGCCACCUCUGAGGUCUCUGCUGUUUCCUCCUGACUUCACCAAACAACCAUGUCAUCGGAAUCGAGCAAAAAACGAAAGCCCAAAGUGAUCCGAAGUGAUGGAGCUCCAGCUGAAGGGAAGCGUAAUCGUUCUGACAUUGAACAGGAAGGUAAAUACUACAGCGAGGAGGCUGAGGUGGACCUGCGGGACCCUGGCAGAGACUAUGAGCUGUACAAGUACACGUGCCAGGAGUUGCAGAGGCUCAUGGCGGAGAUCCAGGACCUGAAGAGCAGGGGAGGCAAGGAUGUGGCAAUUGAGAUCGAAGAUCGGAAGAUCCAGAGCUGUGUGCAUUUCAUGACUCUAAAAAAGCUUAACCGAUUAGCCCACAUCAGGUUGAAGAAAGGAAGAGAUCAGACUCAUGAGGCCAAGCAGAAAGUGGACGCCUAUCACCUGCAGCUCCAGAACCUGUUGUAUGAGGUGAUGCACCUGCAGAAGGAGAUCACCAAAUGUCUGGAGUUUAAGUCAAAGCACGAAGAAAUCGAUCUGGUCAGCUUAGAGGAGUUUUAUAAGGAGGCUCCUCCAGAUAUCAGCAAGGUGGAAGUCACCAUGGGAGACCCUCACCAGCAAACCCUUGCACGUCUGGACUGGGAGCUGGAGCAGCGGAAAAGGCUGGCGGAGAAGUACCGAGAGUGCCUGUCCAACAAGGAGAAGAUCCUUAAGGAGAUUGAAGUAAAGAAGGAGUACCUGAGUAGCCUCCAGCCUCGUCUCAACAGCAUCAUGCAGGCUUCCCUACCGGUGCAGGAGUAUCUGUUUAUGCCCUUCGACCAAGCUCACAAGCAGUAUGAGACAGCCCGACACCUACCACCUCCCCUCUAUGUCCUCUUUGUCCAGGCCACUGCAUAUGGGCAAGCCUGUGAUAAGACGUUGUCUGUGGCGAUUGAAGGCAGCGUGGAUGAGGCCAAGGCUCUGUUCAAGCCUCCCGAGGACUCCCAAGAUGACGAGAGUGACUCGGAUGCUGAGGAGGAGCAGACCACGAAACGCCGGCGACCCACACUGGGAGUUCAGCUGGACGACAAGCGCAAGGAGAUGCUGAAGAGGCACCCGCUGUCCGUCAUGCUGGACCUGAGGUGCAAAGAUGACAGUGUACUGCACCUGACUUUCUACUACCUCAUGAACCUCAACAUCAUGACGGUAAAAGCCAAAGUGACAACUGCCACAGAACUGAUCACCCCCAUCAGUGCAGGUGACUUGCUGUCUCCUGACUCAGUACUGAGCUGUUUGUAUCCUGGGGAUCAUGGAAAGAAAACUCCAAAUCCAGCCAAUCAGUAUCAGUUUGAUAAAGUUGGCAUCCUGACUUUGAGGGACUACGUACUUGACUUAGGGCAUCCCUAUUUGUGGGUGCAGAAGAUGGGUGGCCUCCACUUCCCCAAAGAGCAGCCCCAGCACACUGUGAUCACUGACCACUCUUUGAGCGCCAGCCACAUGGAGACCACCAUGAAACUGCUGAAGACCAGGGUGCAGUCCCGCUUGGCCCUCCACAAGCAGUUUGCCUCCCUGGAACACGGCAUUGUGCCAGUUACCAGUGACUGCCAGUACCUCUUCCCUGCAAAGGUUGUCUCUCGCCUGGUGAAGUGGGUGACGAUUCCCCAUGAGGAUUAUACGGAACUGCAUUUUACCAAAGACAUCAUGGAGGCGGGACUGGCUGGGGACACCAAUCUCUACUAUAUGGCACUCGUGGAAAGGGGCACAGCUAAGCUCCAGGCUGCCGUGGUGCUGAACCCCGGCUACUCCUCCAUCCCACCCAUUUUCCAGCUCUGUCUGAACUGGAAAGGGGAGAAAACCAACAACAACGACGACAAUAUUCGGGCCAUGGAGAGUGAAGUCAAUGUGUGCUACAAGGAGCUGUGUGGCCCCUGGCCCGGCCACCAGCUCUUGACGAACCAGCUGCAGCGCCUGUGCGUGCUGCUGGAUGUCUACCUGGAGACGGAGAGCCACGACGACAGCGUGGAGGGGCCCAAGGAAUUUCCCCAGGAGAAAAUGUGUCUGCGGCUUUUCAGGGGCCCCAGCAGGAUGAAGCCAUUUAAAUAUAACCAUCCUCAAGGAUUCUUCAGCCAUCGCUGACCUCCCACUCAGCCUGUUGUUUCCCCCAGACCCAACUGCUGCGCCUCUGCUUUCUGCUCUGGCGCACAUGUGGCUCUUUUUUUUUUUUUUUUUUACAUCUUUAUUGGAGUAUAAUUGCUUUACAAUGGUGUGUUAGGUUCUGCUUUAUAAUAAAGUGAAUCAGUUAUAAAUAUA